UAUCCCAUCUAAUGUUUUUCUUACCCACCGAUUUCACUUUACCACUCUCCCAACACACAUUCUGAUCUCCUCUCUCAUCCGCGCCGCCAAUGGCAACCUCUCGUCCGCCAUCGAAGCCGCUCGACCUCGACAUCACGAUCGUCUCCGCCAAGCACCUGAAGAACGUGAACUGGCGUCAAGGCGACCUCAAACCCUACGCCAUCUUCUGGGUCGACCCGGACCACCGUCUCGCCACCAAGUCCGACGACUCCUCCUCCACCCGUCCCGUCUGGAACGAGCACUUCCUCAUCCCGCUCUCUCUUCCUCUCCAAGACUCUCUCCUCACCCUCGAAAUCUUCCACUCCAAACCCUCCGAGAUCCCCAAACCCCUUGUCGGAACCCUCCGACUCGCUCUCAAGGACCUGGUUGACCAGGACGAUUCCACCCGCCUCCGCACCUUCGAGCUCCGGCGCCCCUCCGGCCGCCCCCAGGGCAAGAUCCGCAUCAAGCUCGCCGUCCGCGAACGCCCUCUCCCAGAUUACCAUAUUACCCCUCCGCCCAGCUAUUAUUACUCAACUGCCCCUCCCUCUCAACCUCGCGACUUCAGGGGAUACACUUCUCUGCCUCCACCUUCAAUAUCUGGAUUCAGCCCUUAUCCCGAUCCCUAUUCGGGGUACUACUCGGGGUAUUAUUCUCCACCGCCUCCGCCGCGGCCCUUUUUCGAUCGCCAAUCGAGUUACGGAGGGCCCAGCGCACCGGUGGAUUAUGCGCCGCCGUAUGAUCAGAAGCAGAAGAGUGGGAAGAUUGGUGGGCUUGGAACUGGAUUGGCCGUUGGAGCGGUUGCUGGGGCGAUGGGUGGAUUGGCAUUGGAUGAAGGGUUGAAGCAUGAGGAGGAGAAGAUUGCCGAAAGUGACUUGGAUUCGCCUGAUGAUUACAGCGAUUAUCGUGUCAAUUAUGGAUAUAAUUGAAGUGUAGUGAGUGCUUGAGGCCUUACCCGUGAGGUAAAUAAGUUGUUUUGGCUAAUGUUUUUAAGUUUACUUUGAGAGUUUUAGGUGGAUAUGUAUAUAAUAAUCUAUGCUGAAUUGGGUUUUCUUUUUUAUGUUUUUGUAUGGUUGUUUAAUAACCCUGGCAGAGACAGUUUUUAUUGAGAAAUGCUUUUGAUAUAUAUGAAUCCUCGAUUUAAGGAAAAAAUGUUGGUUCCUUC